CAGCUACUUAUCGUGGGGAGGUCGAUGUUGGCGGCCCCCCUUCGGGCCCCUCCCACGGGCGGCGUCACUCCACAGCAAGUUUUGGAUAUAUCGAAGCGAUCUCCAUCGUCGAUGCUUCGAGUCUCAGCGCCGAAACAUGGGAGCUAUCACCGCCGCUGGUUUGCGGAUGGGUGCCCCUGCAAUCUGUGCGCUUGCCUCCUGUGCGUCGCCGCGUUGGUCGUCGCGGUGCUGGUCGCUGUCGCCUCGUCCUCGGGCAGCUUGAGCAGCUGGCCAGGGCCAUCAGACUGCCUCUCGCUAACCUCUGCCUCCCAGCCCGCCGGGCGCUCCCCUCUGCGGCGGGGGAGGAGCCGUGCCCAGCCUGGGCGGCCCCGGCGCGGCGGUCUCGAGGCCUGCUCCGGCGCCCGGGCCCGCGGAGGCCCGGACGGAGCCGCAGCGUGACACUUCCGUGGAUGCUGUCAUCGCGCUGGCCGCGUACAGCAAGCCCGUGAGCUCGUUCGACCUCGCCUUCGUGAACACGCUGCGCGGCGUGGGCUUCCGCGGGAAAGGUCGGCGGAUUUCUGGGGAUCUGGGAGGGCACGGAGGACCCGGACGGUUACCUGGCCAAAGCCGAGGUCACCCCGAUGUAUUUGGUCCGAGCGCCUUGCCAGCUGCGCUACGAACUUGCAGCAGGUGCCAGCAAUCAUGAAUUCCGAAACGUCUGCACGGUGGAUUUCCCGCAUCUGACGUUGGAGUGGACUCGCUUCCUCUAUGCCCGCAUGUGGCUUGAGCAGUGUUCCACAUGCACUGGGUGGGCACUACAUGCCGAUUACGAAGACGUCAAUUUCCAGAGGAAUCCUUUCGACGUCCUGCCAGACCAUGGCCAGGUGCCCUCGGACACCGUCUUCCUCACCGAGGAGAUGCAGCCGCGCGUCGACGCGGAGGGCGGGCAGCGAGGAGCGACCACGAGCCACUGGUUCGUCCACGACGCCGUCAGGAGGUGCUACGGCCAGGAGGCAGCGGACAAGGUUGCCAACCACCCGAUGCUCAACGCCGCGACCACCCUCGGUCCGCGCGCGGGCAUGCUAAGGUGGCUAGGACGGAUGAGUGAGGAGUUUGAGAAGCUCUCGACCAGGGCCGAGUGCGACCCUAAUAUGAUAUCUCGCCAGGCCGUCCUCAACUAUUUGGUAUACGUCCAGGAUGCCAUGCCCUGGGCCAUGCCAAAAAAGUACGGGGCGUGGAUCGUGAACUCGAUGGGGUUACCUUGCUCCAAUCAGCCCGGGAAGAAGCCGGACCAUUCCAUGGAGGACAUUGUGAUCAUCGACGGCGCUGGCCGCGUUUGGAACGAGGACGGGACCUUGCCAGCAGUGGUCCAGCAGGGGAAGACGUGCUACAACAACUACCAGCUAAAGGUUGUCAACAGGUUCUCGGGCCAGGGUGCUCUCGGCACCUACGAUGCCGAACUUCGCGGUCUCGCCGCUGGCCGUUUCCCAGGCCCGAACCAGCCAAAGAAGCCGUGAGGAGCGAGGGUGGCCUUUCGGCCGCGCUCGCCUGGCGACAGCGCGGCGACGCAGGGGAGGCGGCGGGAGCACAGUAAACAGCAAACAUUGCUUUUAAAAAAUGUUUUGACGCUCCGGUGGCCCUGGGGCUGCCCCGCUGCGCUCCCUACUUUGCCGCGACGCCGUUCCGACGCCUCCGACGCGGCCCGAGACGGCGCCGCGUUUGCUCGAACCCGCUCCCGCGUCCGCCGCGAUCCUGGCGCGAAUCUUCCAACGUUGCUCGGGCCUGGACUCCUGAAUUUCUUUUCAUUGUUGGCGUUCGAAUUUUCAGAAAGGGAAUUGGUCGGCGCCUCAGUAUGUGUACCGUUCGUGCCAAGGCACGUCUGGCUUCAAUGCUGGCUUGCAGGUGACGUCCGCCUGCGGUCAGCCCAGUAAAUUUGAUGCAUUUGUUUACUUUCAAGAGCUGGUCGCUCCACCCUUCGCGCACAUCCUUGGGCAAUCGACCAGAGAAGUUCGCACCAGGCUGAUGCGUCUCCGUCGGAAA